AUGGAUGCUUUUCAGGUGGCCAGAGGCCCACAACCCGACUUUGCGAGGAUCGCGACCGGCUUCACAGAACUGGGGGACCAGUUUCAGCUUUGCAGCAAUCUGCCAGUGAUUGACCACGGUGGUCAGCUCCUGAGAGCAGUGCAGGGACUACGGGAGGUAGUUGAUUCCAUCGACACACGUUUGCGGAGCAUGGAGCGACGGAGCAUUGCGAGUGAGCUGAACGCCUUGGCUCGGAGCUUGAACGCGACGGUGACGCGUCCUGAUGAGCCGCUGGAGGGGCUGAGGUCGUUGCAGACGGGGGAGGUUAUGGAGGACUUCCCAACCACGGUAUCGGAGAUUGCGCUACUUUCUGCCGGGAGGGCGAAUGCGUACUUGCAGGCCCUGGGCCAGCCUGUUGCCGGUCCGAUCGGAGAGAAGCGGAGGAGGUUGAAGCUCCUGGCGGGAGUGACGACGCAAGUCGUGUAG